AUGGUGGUGGACGACCUGAUAAGGAAAUUAAACGCCAAAGGGUACACCACGAUAAGAUACGCUGAUGAUAUAACAAUCCUUAUCAGCGGAAAACAUGAAAACACACUGUGCAACAUAAUGCAAAAUGCACUCAAACUAAUAGAAAAAUGGUGCACAGACAACGAACUAUCUGUAAACCCAAAGAAAACGGAACUGAUACUUUUCACAAACAAGAGGAAGCCCGACCUCAAUAGACUACCAAAACUAUUCAAUACAACCCUAAAUCUAUCCACUGAGGUAAAAUAUUUAGGGGUAAUAAUGGAUCAAAAACUGAACUGGAAAAAACACAUAGAAACAAAGAUUCAAAGAUCAACUACAAUCCUGACCCAAUGCAAACGCAUGAUAGGGAAGACCUGGGGCCUUAAACCUCACAUAGUGAAAUGGCUCUACGAAACAGUUGUAAGAAGCUCCAUGACCUAUGCCUGCGUAAUCUGGUGGCCUAGGACACUCCUAAUAACAAGUCAGCAAGAACUACAAAAGUUCCAGAGGCAAGCAUGUCUAGCAAUAACAGGCAGCAUGAGUACAACACCCACAACCGCAUUAGAGGUAAUACUGGGAAUACCACCCCUUCACCUCCGCAUCAAAGAGGAAGCAGUAUUGACAGCCCUCAGGCUAAAAUCUAGUGGGCAAUGGAAAGACACAAACACAGGCCACGCAAGCCUAUUAACGAAAGAAAAGGCAAACCAUCCACAAUUAGAGUGGUUAUGCGACAAAACGGGAAAACAACACCUGAUGGACAAGAAAUACAAAAUCAUCAUAGAUGACGCGGAAACAAGACCGAAUGUGAACACAGUAGAAGUGUACACAGAUGGAUCAAAAACAAAUUUAGGAACAGGUACUGGAGUCUACUGCCCAGAAUUCAACAUAAACAUCACACAAGCAUUGGGUAAGAACAACUCCGUUUUCCAGGCGGAGUGCGUUGGAAUCACAAUUGCGGCCAUAGCAAUGAACGCAAGAAAGGCACAGGUGCUGUAA